AUGGAUAUAAGUAUAGUCAAUAAUGACUUUUAUUUAUCCGGUAUCGCAACGCUAGUCGAUGAUAUUGACAAACAAUUAAUGGUUAUUCUACGUGAUGGUCGAACCUUAAUUGCUUUCCUACGAAGUCUCGAUCAGUUUGGGAAUCUUGUUCUUCAUCAAGCAUUCGAACGCAUUUGUGUUGGUCAGCAAUACGCAGAUAUUCCCCGUGGUUUGUUCGUAAUUCGAGGAGAGAAUGUGUUACUCAUAGGUGAAUUAGAUUAUCGUAAACCAUUACGCGUUCCGCUACGAGGAGACACAGGAGAUUACUCUCGAUCUCAAAUUUCCAAUGCAAUGAUCUGGAUAAAUUUCUCACCGAUUGCUAAUUUAGCUUCGGAAUACUAUCAAGUCGGUUACAAUGCGAUCAAUUGGCUGAGUUUAAUUUACAUGCUUAUAACAGUACCGUUUACAUUGCCAUCGACAUGGUUAAUCGAUAGGCUCGGUGUUCGUUCCGGGUUACUGAUUGGAACCUGGACGAAUGCCAUUGGAAGUUUGAUUCGGUGUUUGAGUGUGUUGUCAAUAUUUGAUCGAAAUCGAAAAUUUGGUGUGUUGAUGAUAGGACAAACUUUUUGUGCUCUAGCACAAACUUUUAUUCUGUUUAUUCCCACGAAAUUUUGCUUUUUAUGGUUUUCGGAAAAACAACGCUCAUUCGCUAAUUCAAUUGCUAUUGGGAGCGGAUUCUUUGGUAUCUUACUUGGCAGUAUUCUUUCGCCCCUGAUUGCAUCGACUAUCGACAGAAUUCCGUUAUUAUUGUAUGUCAAUGUUAUGCCUGCUUCCUGUGCUGCUUUACUUUGUUUGGCCAUGCGAUCAGCUGAACCGCCGACACCAUCGUGUAAAGCAGUCGUUCGUGUGCAACAAUCGUUUACUUGUGCAUUGAAACGACUUUUCCAAUCGAAAUCAUUCGUUGUUUUAUUUCUUGCUUGUGGAUUUGCUAUUGGAUGCUUUAACGCAUUGUCAACAUUAAUUGAACAGAUCAUGUGUACGUAUGGCUACGAUAAUAGGACAAUUGGAUUCUGUCUAGGAUGGUUUAUUGGAAUGGGUAGUUUGGGUUCGUUAUUAUUUGGUUAUGUUGCUGAUCGAACGGGAAAAUUAAACGAAAUUUCGAAAGGUUUAUAUAUUGCAAGUUCAAUUGCGUAUGUUCUUCUUGCCAUAUUCAUUGUUUGUCGAAUGGAAAGGUAUUUGAUCUAUUUCGCAUUUGCUUUGGUUGGACUUGUAUCGUUGUCUUUGUCGCCUAUCUCGAUGGAUUUGACGCUUGAAUGCGUUUAUCCAAUACCUGAGGCAACAGCAAUCGGUGUUAGUGUUAUGUCAAGUCAAGUCAUUGGAAUCCUGAUGGUGACGGUUUUCCCAAAGUUCGCUCGUCCGUUGAAUGAGCAUGAAAUGUCGAUUGAGACUUGUUCGAAAGAUGUCAAACAUGGACUGGCAAUACUAAAUUAUUCAACAUCACUUUACGCGAUGGCAUUUAUCAUGAUUGUUGUCACAAUUUUUUACUUUCGAUCUUUCAAAUGCAAAUACAGACUUUAUGUUUAUUUUCAGAUGGAUCAACUUCCAUAUGAAGUUCUCUUUGAAGUAGCUAGCCGUAUAGAUUCACCGAGAGAUCUGUGUUCAUUUUCUCGUGUUUGUUCUCUGUUCUCCACUGUUUCACGCGAUGACCGCUUAUGGAAACGACUAUGUUAUCAAUUGUACAAUGUUAAACCGCCAGUGAAUACGAUAAAACAAAGUUUUUAUGAAAUAUUCACAAAGAUUCUUGUGCCCUACGGUCGAUAUCUCGGCUAUUGGAAAUCGGAUGAGAUGUUUUUCGGUGGUCUUAUCAAUGUUCAUCUAAAUCUGUCCGAUGGGAACAUCAUUGGAGAAAAAAUCGCACCUUAUCCUGCACAAUCCGAACAUGACCAAUUCGACAUGGAUGACGAUGAAUCAUCUUUUGAACCCAUUUACAUACAAACAAAAAUAUUCAAUAUUGAUACGCAAACGAAUCAAAUCUUUUGCUACGAUUGUAAUUUGCCACACCCAGAACUAAAAUGGGUCAAAACUUUCGAUAAUAACGAACCAUACUUUGGUUUAUCACAAGAAGCUCUGCCAAUCAGUGAACGAUCAUCAUUAAUUUUAAAUGAUCAUCGCGACGAUGCUCAUCCCAGAGAACGUGAUAUUCAUUUUAUAAAAUGUUGUUAUGAACAUGAGACUAUCUACUAUUAUCCAUUGUCGAUUGUUCAGCCAACUACCAGUGAACAUGAUCAUCCAUUGUCGCGUUUGAAUGGACUCUGGGUUGGAUCGUAUGGUGGUCAUGGUCUAGAACUCCUUCAUCUCGAAUUCUUUCACGAAUUCACUUGUCCUUCUGUUAGUGAUGAUACGUCGACAAAUGAAGAAACUAUUUCGGAUGCUUUAGUAGCACGCAAGAUUUCCGGUGAUCGAAAUGUACCACAUGGGAAAAUAUCGUUUGCUGCUAUACGUCCUAUCGAAGUGGAAUCCGAUUCUCCUCUUUCCUACGAGGGUAUUGGACAAAUUGCACAUACGAAUUAUGACAAUCCACAAUUUAUCCGCACAAAAGUUGUUUUAUUAUCGAAGGACAUUCUUUCGAUGUGUCGACUUCAUGCCAAACGCGUUGUCCACCAUGAACAAUUUCAUAAAAUUCCGGUGGGUAAUGACGCAUCGAACCUCGCACUGGCAUUUUAG